UCAACUGUCAUACUAACCUCAAAUAUGGAUUUAAAGUCUAAAUUAAUUGCACUAAUUCAAAACGGGUCAGAAAUAGAGAAAUGUAUGAACGACCUCAAUUUGCACUUAAGAGAGACCUUUCAGGAGUGUCACGAUUACUGCUUCAAGUCGGGGCAAGUCUACGAAGAUGUACUCUUGCUAAAGAUCGACUCGAUCCUUGAUUAUUUGCACGACGAAUUGAAUACGGGCCAUUGGAGCGAGGUGCCCGUAACUACAAGGCAGACAUUCACCUGCGUUAGCUUUAUUAAGGCUCUUGUUAUCGUGAGCAGUGGUGCGGACGAGAGCGUGCGAAAUGCUUUAAAGUGUGUCGAUUUGGGACUGUUGUUAGGCGCACCGUUAAGUGAAAAUUGUGGUUUAAUGACGCAGGCGGCUGCGUUGUUUAGUGAGUCGAUGAGCAAGCCGUCUUCGGUAAGAGUGCUAAGUAAACGCAAACUGCCUAGUAACUUGGGUAGAGUUCACGGGAAGGAAGUACCAGUACUCCACUGUCCCUCCAUUGAGCAUUUCAAUGAAAAUCAUUUUAAGCCUUGCUACCCUGCUGUUUUAAAGGAUUGCAUAUCUCACUGGCCGGCGGUGACGAAGUGGCCCGACGUUAACUACCUUCUCGAGCUGGCCGGCUCGCGAACGGUACCGAUCGAGAUCGGCUCCCACUACGCCGACGAAAACUGGACCCAAAAGCUGAUGAGCCUGCGCGAGUUCAUUUACGAUCAUUACCUGGACUCGAGCUCCUUGGGCUACCUCGCGCAGCACAACCUCUUCGACCAGAUUCCCGAGUUGCGCGAGGACAUUCGCGUGCCCGAUUACUGCGCGUUGGCACGCGAAGAGGGCGUCGACCCGGACGUCAACGCGUGGUUGGGACCGGAGGGGACCGUCUCGCCGUUGCAUUUCGAUCCGAAGGACAACCUUUUGACGCAGGUUUACGGGACGAAGGAGGUCGUCUUGUUUGCGCCUUGCGAUUCCGAACGGCUUUAUCCGCACGAGGGCAGUCUUCUGUUCAAUACGGCGCAAGUGGAUCCGUACGCGCCCGACCUGGACAAAUUUCCCAAGUAUCGCGGUGCCGGUGCGUAUAAGUGCAUGUUGGAGGCAGGCGACAUGCUUUAUAUUCCCUUGAGAUGGUGGCACCAUGUGAGUGCGUUAGAGAAAAGUUUUUCCGUCAGUUUUUGGUGGUCGUGACCGUUUCGCCAAGUCGUAACCGUCAGAUUUAGUAGUGGCAACACUGUUUGCCAAGCGAAACGAAAGCCCCGCCCACAACAAUCGGACGAACCUCGAUCCCAGGUUCUUUGUUAAAAAUAUAUUUGAUGUAAAUAAACGUUUAACUAUAGCUAACGUAAUUUAAAGGCUUCCCAGUUCCCAGAGCCUAUAUAUAAGCGUUUCCUAAAGAGUUCUUUAAGAUCCUUUGACAGCCUCUUUAUGAGAGUCUCCAAAGAUAUUUUCCCCAUGAUCUCCACAGCCCUUCAGUGAUCUUAUGAAACCUCUUAAGAGGCUCAGCUCCUUGACCCUGGUUGUCCUACGAGAGCAUCGCAUCCUUUUAGAAAUCUUAAGACUUGUCAGAGAUAUUCGCCAGGUCUGUUUUAAUUAGGUGCAUCUAACUCUACCUCCUUGCUAUAGUCCAUAUCACAUAUCAGGGACUUUUUAGCUCAUAUUCUGAAGACAUUUGGCAUCAUUGUUGACUAUAGCAUGAUUAUGACAUUGGGAUAUAUGUGGUGACUCAUGCUUACAAGUCACUUUCUAUUGUUUCGACUAUACAACCUAUAAUCACUGUACCUAGGUACAUAAUUACUCAGAUAAUUAGAUUGUAAUUGCAUUGUUUAAUCUGGAAUGUUUGUCUCUUGCCGAUAUCAGGCCUAAUAUGUCAUUAUUAGCAUAUUUUGUUUUUAUCUGUGACCAGCCCACUAUAAGAAUGUCUUUACACACGACAACAAAAUCUCUAUUUUAACAAGGCUUUAUUAAUAAAUACAAGAAAUGCUACAAUCGACAAACUUAACUUUCAAUAAGUUCCACAAUUUUACGUAAUUCGCGGACAAUCAGUCGUUCCUAAUUAGCAAUUGACAGAUACAAAACUUAAAAGCUAAACGAAAUUAAUCGUCCUUCUUGUGCUCCCCCUCGCCGCUCGCCGUCACCUUCUUCUGCAGCUUGCUGUGCUCCUCGGCGAGAUCGUCGUACUGCUUGCUCAGAUUUUCGGCCUGAGUCUUCAUCGCCAGCUUGUCCUUCUUCUCCACGGCGAGCUUGCCUUCGAGCUCCUCGAUUUGCCGCUUCAAGUUGGAGACGUGCUCGUCGUGCGCCUCGUUGCUUUCGUUCUGCGCCAUUUCGCCCUGCUGGGUCAUGAAGUUGCGGGCGGCCUUCGACGCGCCCUCCGCCUGUUUAAGCGCCGCCUCCGAUUGCGCCAGAAGGGCCGCCUGGGAGGUGAUCAGUAUGACUAGACGGCGAAUGACCAGGGAGAGAAACAGGGCGAAGCCGGAGAUGUAGAAGUUGCGUUGGGCGCGAAACAGCCGCAUGUUUCCCUGCAUUUCGGCGUCCAAGUGCUGAUGGGAGUGGGCCCCGUCGCCGUCUUCUGCAAGUUAGGUUUUUUUUACUUGUUUUCGGAAUGCCGAUCGACUUACCCGUGUGCGAGUACUUCCUCAUCUCGCGAAUGGCGUCCAGGAGGAAAAGGACGAGGAUGGCGAGCAGCAUCAUGAAGUAGAAGCCCGCCUGCUGCUGUAUACCUUGAAGGAAACGGGACUUGAAGAAGGCACUCCAUCGCUUAGGGCUCGCCACGGGCAGAACCAGCAUUAAGA